AUGGAGCCUCAAGCUUCAAAUCAGGCACAUCUUAGCUACCUGCCUGCCCUGAUUGACUCAGACAAGGAUGAGCUGUUAAAAGGUGACCUUUUCCUGUCUUUCUGGCACCCUGUCUCCUCUGCCUCCCACCACCCCAACCUCCGGGGAGUGAGCCUCACCUCUGCCAUCAGCGCCGCUCAGCCUCCCAGGGAGCUGGCUGUCCUUUCAAUGCUGGUGGGUGAGAUCCCGCAGCAAAAAAAUCCUAGGGAGACCGCAGAAUUACCACCUCCCAUGCGUCCUCACAUAGGUUCCAUCGGUGACCGGAUGGGGCCCCGCUCAGGUCAAAGGCAGGUCCACCGGUCAGCGCCGGACCAGGUGGACCACGUGUCUGAUCCCGGCGCCCGGCGGCGGGCCUGGGGCUCCCUGACUCCGCGCCCGGGAUGCGCUCGGGUCGCGCCUCGCUUUGCCCUGCCGCCUUCCAACUCCGAGCGGCCUUGCCCUGACCUGCUUCCCGGGAAUGGCGGGCCCGCCUCUCCCCAGUCCCAGAGGGACGUGAGCUCCUCUGGCUUCUAG